UUUUGUUUCCGGGUUACGUCAGUGUUAGCGAACGCAAUGUGACAUUGUGCAAAACAGAGAAGAAGUCAGUCCACUGUAUGGCUCACAUUUAAUCAUACCGUCUCCCUUUGAACGCUUGGAUUAUUACUGACAUUACCGGAAACAUGUCAUCCACCACCGCAGGUUCAGCAGGGGACGGACAGGCCAGAAGACAAGCGGCGCCGGUGGGCACCGAGUACAUCCCCACAGAAGAAGAGAGGAGGGUGUUUAAAGAGUGCAACAAUGAAAGCUUUUGGUACAGGUCUGUGCCCUUCUCUGUGGUCAGCAUGGCUGUCACUCAGGCCCUGGUUGCCAAAGGGGUCCUGACUGCAUCUCCAAGGUUUGGAACUCUACCCAAAGUGGCCUUUGCUGGCUUCAGUGGCUACCUGGCAGGAAAAAUGUCAUACAUGAGGACAUGCCAAGAGAAGUUCACGAGGUUAGAGAACUCCCCCCUGGGAGAGGCCCUCAGGCAGAGGACGGGAAUGCCUCAACAACUUUCAAAGGUCGCUUCUUCUGAGAUGAGUGACCCAGACUUGCAGUCAUUCGACACCAUGUUCCAGCCGGCAGAAAGCCAAGUCCCUAAAAGCUUUAAUCCAGAUUCGCCUGUUCACAUGGGCCGAGCAGAGGACAACAGCGCUCCAGUCCAGUCGUAUGUGGAAGAAGAGGAGCCCAGAAGGAAGGCCAGCCUCUAUGAGGACCUGAGGCUGAAGAACAGGGAGAACUACGAGGUGACGCUCACUCAGAAGGCCGAGACGCUGCUCCAAACAUCACCUGUGAAUGAGCCAAAAAGACCCAAGAAAGAGUCAAAGAACAUCUAUGGAGACACCUGGGAAGAAUGAAUAUCUAAUAUUUCUCUGGCAUCACGGUCUCUGCAGGACUGCUGGCAUCUCGACGGCCAUUUGUUGUUUGUUUUUUUACAAGUGUGACUAACCUUGUAUGAGUUUUUGUUCCCUGUGUUUCUGAAACAGAAGUAAUAAAACGUGUCUGCACAAGGA